AUGCCCUCCCGCCCUGCUGCCAGCUCCUCGCCGGCCCUGGACAGCCCCGCCGUGGGGGAGGUGGAGCCCAAAGACCAGCAGCUCAUGGUGGCGCUUCGGAUCCGCCCGCUCAGUGACUUGGAGCUGGAGGAUGGGGCCACCGUCGUCGCCCACAAGGCAGGCGACCAGGUGGUGGUGCUGAUGGACCCCGGGGAGGACCCCGAGGACCCGCUGCGCACACACCGGUCCCAGGAGAAGACCUUCAUCUUCGACACUGUUUUCGACCAGCAGGCAUCCCAGGAAGACGUGUACCGUGCCACCACCCAGCACUUAGUGGAAGGCGUGGUUUCUGGAUACAACGCGACGGUGUUUGCCUACGGCCCCUCAGGUGCCGGCAAGACCCACACCAUGCUGGGCACGGACGCAGAGCCCGGCAUCUACCUGCAGACCCUCACCCACCUCCUCCGGGCCAUCGAGGAGACCCGAGACAGCGCGGACUGCAGCGUGUCCACAUCUUACCUCGAGAUUUAUAACGAAGCCAUCCGGGAUCUCUUGAACCCGUCCUCGGGGUUUCUGGACCUGAGGGAAGAUGCUAGGGGCAGCAUCCAGAUUGCAGGCAUCACGGAGGUCUCCACCUCCAACGCCCAGGAGAUCAUGCAGCUCCUCACCAAAGGCAACCGGCAGCACACGCAGGAGCCCACGGCCGCCAACCAGACAUCAUCCCGCUCCCACGCCGUGCUGCAGGUCACCGUGCGCCAGCGCAGCCGCGCCACCAACCUGGCGGGGGCAGUGCGCCUGGGGAGGCUCUUCAUGGUGGACCUGGCGGGCUCAGAGCGGGCGUCCCAGACCCAGAACCGAGGCAUGAGGAUGAAGGAGGGCGCCCACAUCAACCGCUCCCUGCUGGCGCUGGGCAACUGCAUCAACGCUCUCAGAGAGAAGGGCGGCAGCCGGGCGCAGUACGUGAACUUCCGGGACAGCAAACUCACACGCCUGCUGAAGGACGCCCUGGGCGGGAACAGCCGGACGGUGAUGAUCGCCCACGUCAGCCCGGCCAGCACGCACUUCGAGGAGUCGCGGUCCACCCUGCUGUACGCCUACCGCGCAAAGAACAUCAAGACGAGGGUCAAGCGCAACCUGUUGAAGGUGUCCUACCACAUCACGCAGUACACGGACGUCAUCUCCGACCUGCGCAGGGAGAUCGAGCGCCUCCAGUGCAAGGUCGAGAAGCAGGAGGCGCAAGGGCGAAGCGAGCCUGGUGUCCAGGACGCUCCAGGUACGGCCGAGCACACGCCUGGCGCCUCCUGCCCCGCCUGGCACCGGGUCCGCGCCGAGCGUCCCGCCCGGGGCCCCGGCACCGCCCCCGCUCCCAGCCCUGUUGGGCCUCCCGGGGUGACCGGGCCAGCGCCCGCCUUGGCUCUAACUCUGGCUCUCUUCCUGCCCCCAGCCACGAUCCCCCCUCCUGAUGCCGAGGAGGAUAGCCGCCUGCAGAUGAACAAGGUCCGGGCACAGCUCAUCGGGGCCUUCAAGGAGCAGCUGGAGAUGAGGCGCAGCCUGCUGGAGCUGGAGAACACCAAUGUCGAGCUGCACAUAGACACGUCCCGCCACCUGCUGACCAUCGCAGACUGGGAGCGAGAGAGGACCCACCACCUCGUGCGCAGGGCCCGCACGCCCGGGAGGGACCAGGAGCCCGUGGAGGCCAAUGCAGACGGGGGUGAGGGCGAGUCUGCAGAGCCACACGAGGUGGCCCUGGCCAGAGAGGAGGUCAGCAUGCUUUUGGCCGAGCAGCGGAGAACGGCGGCCCUCAAGGCUGGGCUGGAGCAGUGUCUGGCCAAUGCCAAGAAGAAGGUCUCGCAGAUGGAGAAGCUGCUGCCCGCACAGGUCAUCAGCGAGGACCAGCGGGAGGUGCUGCGGCUGCUGUGCAGGGCCCACGAGCUGGAGGUGGAGAACACGGAGCUGCAGGCCAGCAGCCUGUGCAGGAAGAACCUGCUCUGCCAGAAGGACUUCGUGAUCCAGCGCUACCACCAGCACCGGCUGCUCUGCGAGCAGAUCAUCCAGGACCAGCGGCAGCUGCUGCAGGGUGAGCCAGCCCGCCCCGCGCCAUGCCCGAGGCUCUGA